UACAGCGAUGGCUUUCUACAAAGUGAUGUGUUUGGCUGCUGGGCUGAUGCUCCUGACCCAAGAGUCUGAGUCACAGCUGGAUGUUUGUGGUAAGGCGUCUCUGAACACCAGGAUUGUAGGAGGACAGGUGGCCCCUGUUGGCAGCUGGCCCUGGCAGGUCAGUCUGCAAAGAUUUGGGUCCCACUUCUGUGGAGGAUCCCUCAUUAACAGUCAGUGGGUGCUGACUGCUGCUCACUGCUUUAGAAGCAGUACUCCAACCGGUCUGACUGUGAAUCUGGGCCUUCAGAGUCUACAGGGAUCUAAUCCCAAUGCAGCGUCUCGGACAGUAACACAGAUCAUCAAACAUCCAAACUACAACUCUGGUACCAACGACAACGACAUCUGCCUCCUGCAGCUCUCCUCACCGGUGAAUUUCAGCAGCUACAUUUCUCCCGUCUGCCUGGCAGCUUCAGACAGCAUCUUCUACAGCGGUGUUAACAGCUGGGUCACCGGCUGGGGCGAUAUAGGAAGGGGAGUGCCCCUUCCUUCUCCACAAAACCUGAUGGAGGUGGAGGUUCCUGUUGUGGGAAACAGGCAAUGUAACUGUAACUAUGGAGUGGGAUCAAUCACUGACAACAUGAUCUGUGCCGGGUUAAGUGCAGGAGGAAAGGACUCCUGUCAGGGGGAUUCAGGAGGUCCAAUGGUGAUCAAGCAGAGCGGUCGCUGGAUUCAGGCGGGAGUCGUCAGUUUUGGGGAAGGUUGCGCCUUGCCUAAUUUUCCAGGAGUCUACGCCAGAGUAUCCCAGUACCAGACUUGGAUCAACAGCCAGAUCUCCUCCAACCAGCCGGGCUUCAUGACGUUCACGUCCACUGGGACCAACAGUGACCUCAGUGUCUCCUGCACAGGACUGACACCAGUGCCAACCACCACACCUACUAACACCACCACUACAACCCCCACACUUCCAACAACCACCAAUCAUCCAACAACCACAACCCCCCCAGCAACCCCCGCCACACCUACAAAUACAAUACUUCCAACAACCACGCUGCAUCUGACCACUGCCCAACCUGUAGUCUGUGGACAAGCUCCGAGGAAUUCACACAUUUUCGGGGGAACCUUGCUUGCGUCAGUGGGCUCGUGGCCGUGGAUGGCGAGCCUGCAGAAAAAUGGAAAUCACGUGUGUGGUGGGACUCUGGUAGCCUUGGACUCUGUGCUGAGUGACGCCAGCUGUUUCUCAAGCUCCCCUGUAGCGUCCGAGUGGACUGUCGUGUUGGGGCGUCUGAAGCUAAAUGGAUCCAACCCCUUUGAGGUGACGCUGAAUGUGACAAAUAUCACUCUGAGCAACACGACCGGGACCAACAUAGCCAUCCUCCGUCUAUCUGCCCAGCCCACCCUGACCGACUACAUCCAGCCCAUCUGCUUGGACAACGGGAGAACCUUCGCCGAGGGCUUGGCGUGCUGGGCGGCCGGUUGGAGUCCUGGAAGAGGAGGAGCUGAGGAAGUUAUGCAGCAGUUUCAGACCUCGGUGGUAAACUGUGGGAACUCAUCAUCGAGUGAGAGCAUCUGUACAGACGUGUUUGCACUGCAGCAGGGUGAUUCUGGCGGCCCGCUGAUGUGUAAGCAGGGCGGCUCUUGGUUCCAGGCGGUCGUGUUAACAGCUCCAAGCUCCUCUGCCAGGAGGAGACGAGAAGCUCCAGUUAUGACCUUCACCAGAGUGAGCUCCUUUGACUCCUUCCUGACGAAGACGCUGGGGACACUCUUGUCUCCAGCCUCCAACACCACCAUCACUAACCCCACCAAUGUCUCCGUCACCACCACCACCAUGGCCACCACAACUCGCUCGAAUUGUUUGUUUGACAGCAGCGAGGGUCGUCCUGCUCACUCCUUCAUCUUUGUCUUCAUCCAUCUCCUCAGCCUCGCCUUUUGCCUCCAGCUCUGCCUUUAGAGAACCCAAACUUGAUUCACAUGAUGUGAUGGACACAGAUGAAUGUGAACAAGCUUGACUUUGAGACUUUACAGGCUUAAAACUUUGUCUGCUAAUCUUUGAGUUUAUUUGUAACUGGUUAUCUAAGAGUUCAGUGGUGAAGCUGUGGAGGAUCAAAUUGGACGUGAAAUUCUACUUGAUGAAUUAUCAUCACAAUUAGAAGUGGCUGUCAAGUCCGUCUCAGGGCCUUUCUCAGGGCCAGAAUUACAGACCAUGUACAUGCUAACAUGGGCACUCCAUCGUGGAUGUUCAAGGCUUGGGAAAUCUUUUUGUAGCCUAAGC